UUGAACAUAGCGGCUGGCCAGCGCGAUGCGGCUAAGCUAGCUGUCAGUCAGUCAGGCACCAGCGGCUUUCGCACAGACGACUUCACCCACCGGAUGUUCCCGGACACACCUCGUCGCCGGCCGUCUUGACAUUCCCUCAACAUUCCCGGACGAAUUCGUGUCGACUGACCAGAGUCCGCGAAUUCACGUCCACUCCUCAUCGAACCAUUCCCAUUUAGAGCUGCUUAGCUUGCCGGCUAACGUGAGUGCAGAGAGUCGGAGUACACCGAGGAGCCGAGAGAGCUCUACUGAAGGACCACACCCAGACAAGAUGUCCCUUCAUCAGUUUCUGUUGGAGCCCAUCACCUGCCACGCAUGGAACCGCGACAGGACACAGAUUGCCAUCAGUCCCAAUAACCAUGAAGUUCAUAUUUAUAAGAAGAGCGGCAACCAGUGGGUCAAGACUCACGAGCUGAAGGAACACAACGGACACAUUACAGGCAUCGACUGGGCCCCCAAAAGUGACCGCAUAGUGACGUGCGGAGCAGACCGCAAUGCCUACGUGUGGUCCCAGAAGGAAGGGUUGUGGAAGCCCACGCUGGUCAUCCUUAGGAUCAACAGAGCCGCCACUUUCGUCAAGUGGUCCCCAUUGGAGAACAAGUUUGCGGUCGGCAGCGGCGCCCGCCUCAUUUCUGUCUGCUACUUUGAGUCAGAGAAUGACUGGUGGGUGAGCAAGCAUAUCAAGAAGCCGGUACGCUCCACCAUCCUCAGUCUGGACUGGCAUCCCAACAACGUGCUGUUGGCCGCUGGAUCGUGUGACUUCAAAUGCAGGGUGUUCUCAGCCUACAUUAAGGAGGUUGAAGAGAAACCAGGCCCCACGCCCUGGGGCAGCAAGAUGCCCUUUGGAGCUGUGCUGGCAGAGUUUGGAGGAGCAGGAGGAGGGGGUUGGGUCCAUUCUGUUUCCUUCUCGGCCUCUGGCAAUCGUCUGGCGUGGGUCAGCCAUGACAGCACCGUCACUGUGGUGGACAGCUCUAAGACGUCCACUCCUUUGCAGUUGAAGACUGAGUUCCUGCCUCUCCUCAGCGUCAUGUUUGUGUCUGAGAACAGUCUGGUAGCAGCGGGCCACGACUGCUGCCCCAUGUUGUUCCGCUGCGACGACGGUGGCGUGCUGACGUUUGUGUCAAAGCUGGACCUCCCCAAGCAGAGCAUCCAGAGGAACAUCUCGGCCAUGGAACGCUUCCGGAACAUGGACAAGAGGGCCACCACUGAAGACCGCAACACUGCGCUGGACACACUGCACCAGAACAGCAUCACCCAAGUGUCUAUCUAUGAGGGGGACAAAAGGGAUUGUCGCAAGUUCUGCACCACAGGCAUCGAUGGAGCCAUGACUAUUUGGGACUUUAAGAGUCUAGAAGCUUCUAUCCAGGGUCUGCGCAUCAUGUGAAGAAAUCUUGUGAAUGAAAAAUGAAGAGACGCUGCGACCUCCACCUCACCCUUUCCAGCUCACCCUCCCCUGCGACGCAGCCAGUAACACGCAACUUAUCGAGUGUCUGCCGAAGCACUGAUCAGACCUUAACACACUCUUGUGGGGGUGUCAAAACACACACACACGCGCACACACACACACGCACACACACAGAACUGACGUGUGACAUCACUGUUGAUUUUCUUUUGUUGCUGUUUGAUUUUUAAAACGAAAGUGAAGCCUGGGUCGUCAGAAAGCGGGAGGAGCCUCAGCCGCGUAUUAAAACGUGACAUGUGACUUGUGUGUUUUUAUGUUCUCUAACCUCCAGUACCAAAAGUUCAACACUAAGCGGUGCGUUUUAUCAACAAAGAAGAAAAAGCAGACUGAAUAAUCACCUCAAUGUGAAUAUAUCAGCGUGUUGUAGUUGGGUGAUGAAGUCACAGUUAGGAGAGAAGACCCAGGGGGUCAUGGAUGUUCUCUCGUCAUGUUGCGGCCGGCUGUCGCACGGCGCCACGGCCUUUUAGCGCACUGUAGCUACCAUGCUAGGACCACACAAGAUGGAGGAUUUCUAUGUAACCCAGGUGGAAGUUAAAUAAAGAGAUCCAUUUACAGAACACAA